AUGGAAAGAUCUAUGUAUCUUAGAUUCAUCUUCAUCUUUACUUGCAUUAUUGUUAUACCAAUACCAUUAUCAUCUUCAUCAGAUGGUUAUCGAUCUUACAUCAUUCUUAUGGACAAAUCAAUGAUGCCGUCACCCUUUUCCGGUCACCACACUUGGUACACUUCCCUACUUUCGUCUCUUUCCGAUGGAGUUCCGGCGAUGCAUCUUUACACCUAUAACCACGUAAUGGAUGGGUUCAGUGCAGUUCUGACAAAAUCCCAGCUUUUGCAACUCGAGAAGACUCCGGGUCAUCUUGCAACGUUUGAGGAGAAGCUUGGCCAGCUUCACACCACACACACACCUAAGUUUCUAGGGUUAAAGAAACAUGCUGGGUUGUGGCCGACUUCUGGGUUCGGUGAAGAUAUGAUUAUUGGCAUACUUGACACCGGAAUUUGGCCGGAAAGUGAGAGUUUUCAUGACAAAGGCAUGUCAGAAGUACCUUCUCGUUGGCGUGGAACUUGUGAAACUGAAAAUUUCUGUAACAAAAAGCUUAUUGGUGCACGAUCGUUCAGCCAAGGGAUGAAGAAACUAAAGGAAAACAUUUCAAUUACAGAUGAUUAUGAUUCUCCUAGAGAUUACGAAGGACAUGGAACUCAUACAUCUUCAACCGCAUCUGGGAGUCGUGUACAGUUUGCUGAUUAUUUCGGGUAUGCAAAAGGAACAGCUACUGGGAUCGCACCCAAGGCUCGACUAGCCAUGUACAAGGUGUUGUUCUUAAAUAAUUCGUAUGAUGCUGCAGCCAGUGAUACAUUGGCUGGAAUGGAUCAAGCCAUAGAAGACGGUGUGGAUCUUAUGUCUUUAUCUUUAGGGUUCAUCGAGACACCAUUUUACGAAAACCCUAUUGCAAUCGGAGCAUUUGCAGCAAUGGAAAGAGGGAUCUUUGUAUCUUGCUCAGCUGGUAAUGCUGGACCUCAUGCUUACACCAUCACAAAUGGAGCUCCUUGGAUCACAACUGUUGGUGCUGGAACUGUAGACCGUGAUUUCGUUGCAUUUGUGACACCAGGUGAUCAGAACUAUGGAACCCUAGUUGGGAAGUCGUUUUUUCCCGAAAACCUAUUGGUAGAUAGGGUUCCUAUAUACUUUGGAUAUGGGAACAAGAGUAAAGAAACGUGUGAUUAUGAUUCUCUGGAUCCCAAAGAUGUUCAAGGCAAGUAUAUUUUCUGUGACUUUGGUACCGGAUUUGAUGCCCAUGAAUUGGAAACCACAGGAGCUGCCGGAGCUAUCUUUAGUUCAGACUACGGGCCGUUUCUCGAGCCAAACGACUGCAACUUACCGUUUGUUGUAUUGGAUCCGAAGAGUGGAAAUUCGUUGAAAAAUUACAUAAUCAACACAGAUAAUGCGACAAUCAGUGUUAAAUAUGGCGAAACUUUGUUGGGUGUUAAGCCAGCUCCUGAGGUUGUAUACUUUUCAUCAAGAGGUCCAGACCGGCGGUCUCCAUGGAUCUUGAAACCCGAUCUUCUGGCUCCUGGAGUCAAUAUCUUGGCUGCUUGGGCUCCGAACAGAAAAAGUGCAGCAAUCGGAGAUGAUUACCUGCUCAGUGAUUAUAGGCUCGUAUCUGGGACAUCCAUGGCUUCUCCACAUGUCGUCGGCAUAGCUGCGUUACUGAAAGCAACUCACCGUGACUGGAGCCCGGCGGCAAUCCGGUCUGCAAUGAUGACAACUGCCACCAUUUUCGACAAUAAUAGAAGCAUAAUCAUGGACAUGACCACCGAAGAAGAAGGUAACCCUCUAGAUUAUGGUGCAGGACAUGUUAACCCAAACAAAGCCAUGGAUCCUGGCCUGAUUUACGAUAUCCAACCUCAAGAUUACAUCAACUAUCUUUGCGCGAUGAACUACACGCGAAACCAAAUCCGAAUCAUUUCAAAGAGAUCGGAUAUUAGUUGUGCGAAUGCAACCCUUGAUCUUAACUACCCGUCUUUCAUCCUCAUUUUAAACAAUACGAACACCACUCGCUACACGUUCCAGAGGGAGUUGACGAAUGUCGGGAGAUCAAAUUGUUCAUAUCGAGCGGUGGUAAAGAUCCCUCCUUCUGGGAUGAAUGUUACUGUGGACCCCGAAAUGAUCUUUUUCGAAGAAAGAUACAGUAGGGUUAAGUUUGAGAUGAGUGUGGAUGUUGAUAUAACUGAUGCUCCUCCAACGUACAGUGGGUAUUAUGGCAAUUCUGGCUAUUUACGAUGGGUCGAGAUGAACGGAACCCAUGUCGUCCAAAGUCCGAUUGUAUCUGCAAUCGCGUCUCAAAAGACGAUCUAA